AUGGAUCCUCCUCAUAGACCUCAGAGUAAACAUCGAACUCUUUCCCAAACUACUCAAAUGUCUGGAACACCAAAAUUCAAAUCAGACGCCUCUCCGAGUCCGUUCAAGUCGAAUUCGAAGUUGUUGCAGCAUAGUGUCGAGACUCGACAUCCAAGUCAGACCGUUUCUUUAGGAUGGCAAGAUGGAGACGAUACAGUUGGACAUGCAUCGAGAUUGCAAGUUGAGUUGGAAGAUAUUAUCGAAACGAAAACUGUUACCACAACCACUACAACCAAGCGAUCAUAUCCUCCAAUACUCUUCCAAAAUCCUCGACCGCUCGAUAGCCUUGACGCAAAGGAAUAUCCUUUAGCAUUCAAACCGACUCCUGCUGAGCUUACCAGUUUUUCAUACGAAAUUGAUGGACGACAAAUGGAGUAUGAGGAAGAUAAUUUACGAAGUAUUAUGCGCGAGAAUUCACAAAUCGAAUCUCUUCACAAUUCCCUUUCACGCUGUCGAUCGAAAGAGAAUCGAGAACAGUUCAAAGAUGGAUUGGCUAGAACAGACAGAAUGAUUAAGCUGGAUGCUGAAAGUAGUAACUUGAGAAGAAGGUGUUCGAAAUCGAAAGGGACAUCCGACUAUCGACCCGCCAGCAGACCCAGCAGUUCACAAGCACCAGAAGUUUCCAAUAAUGAAGUUAAAAAUGUAGGCUCGACUGCUCAACCCGAAAUUCGACGUCGAAACCUUGGUCUUGGUAUGCACCUACCCGAAUUGCCAGUAACUCCCGAUUUGUCCGAAGUAGAAUCGUCUUCAAGAGUUGUUCCUUCGUCAAGCUCUCGAUUUCCAACCAAUGCAUACACCCCUCAAUCCGGUCUAAGCCAAAACGAUUCGUUCGAGAAUUCAGAAAGUCAUUCGGAAAUUGUCAGUGAAGAAACGUUCAACAACGCAGUUGCUACACCACCAAUUGCAGAAUCUGAUCUUGAGUCGUCCGGUCUUGAUACAAACUUCGCACAAGGCCAACGCCCACAUUUGAAUACUGCAAUCGCUCAAAACGCAAGCCUGCCUAGCCCUGGUCUUUCGCCUACUCCAACCUCUCCAGAAUUUGAUAACGAUGAUACAGGCGACAAUCAGGAGACAUUAGAUGAGUAUUCUAUUCAGGCAGCUCAGUCAAGUACGACUCGGGAUCGGCAUAUCAAAGCUACAGGAUUGCAUUCACAAAUUUCUACCGUCAUGGAUAUUGGUUCUAUGCUGGACACUUUCGAUGCGAUGCCAAGCGAAUUGAAGACCCUAGUGAUGUAUCAGCUUGGUAGAAGGUGCUCCAAGAAAACCUUACGGGCUGUUGCGGGUUUCGUAAAUCCUGCUUUAAUGUGCGAUUUCCUUGAUGAACUUCCUGCUGAAUUAAGCCUACAUAUCUUGAGUUACCUGGACCAUAAAGACCUUUGUCGUGCCGCACAAGUUUCGAAGCGUUGGAGAAAUGUUAUUGACUCGAACGAGACUGGAUGGAAAGAACUCUUUGAUCGUGAUGGUUUCACACUUCAGCCUGAAGAACUCGAUCGAGCAAUACGACAAGGUUGGGCAUGGCAAGAUCCUUAUGGACCGGAUGGUUACGAAAUGAAUUUGAGUAGUAAAGACAAACCACUCAAUGCGGAAGUAAACACGCCUGGUAGUAGCAGCAAGAUUGAUUCACUUAGAAGACCUCGGGCUACCAUUAAGAGAAAGCGCACUACUGGAACUUCGGGAUCGGAACGCGCGAAGAGAAGAGCGACAGGCAAUGAUGUUUCAACCAAAGUACUAGAUCCGGCAUCCAGAUUUCAUAAAUCUGAAGGCCCAUUAAGCGCUGCUUCUGCUGCUGCAUUGGCAGUACCAAAUCCCGAAUUAGGUCUGCCAGGAUUACGAAAACUCCAUCUUUUUAAAUCCCUAUAUCGCCGCCACUUUCUUCUUCGGCACAGCUGGACAAAUCGUACUGUUGAACCUCAUCAUAUGGCUUUCAAAGCUCAUCCAUCUCAUGUAAUCACUUGUCUUCAAUUUGAUGAUGAAAAGAUCUUGACAGGUAGUGAUGAUACAUGUAUUCAUGUCUACGAUACUAAAACUGGAGCUCUACGAAAAAAGCUUGAAGGACACGAAGGAGGCGUUUGGGCUUUACAGUAUGAAGGAAAUGUUCUUGUUUCUGGAUCCACUGAUCGUUCAGUACGCGUGUGGGAUAUUGAAAAAGGUCUUUGCACUCAAGUCUUUCAUGGUCAUACUUCAACUGUACGAUGUUUACAAAUCCUCAUGCCGUCAGAAGCAGGAAAGACAGCAAGUGGUCAAUCUAUUAUGGUUCCUGAGCAACCUCUUAUUAUUACCGGUUCUCGUGAUUCUCAAUUACGCGUAUGGAAAUUACCAGCCCAAGGAGAUAAGCGAUACAUUCAAACUGGACCACCAACUAAUGAUGCUGAUUGCCCUUACUUUGUUCGCGUAUUAGCUGGACAUACUCAUUCAGUUCGUGCUAUCGCUGCUCAUCAAGAUACUUUAGUAAGCGGUAGUUACGACUGUUCAGUGAGAGUAUGGAAAAUCUCAACUGGUGAAGUUUUGUAUCGUUUAACAGGACAUACUGCAAAAGUCUAUAGUGUUGUUUUAGAUCAUAAACGCAAUAGAUGUAUCAGUGGUUCUAUGGAUACAUACGUCAAGGUUUGGUGUCUUGAGACUGGUUCUUGUUUAUUCACACUUGAAGGUCAUACCUCCCUUGUUGGUCUCUUAGAUUUACGUGAUGAACGUCUGGUCUCGGCAGCUGCAGAUUCAACAUUGCGAAUUUGGGACCCAGAAAGUGGUGUAUGCAAGAGCACUUUGAGUGCACAUACAGGUGCCAUUACAUGUUUCCAACAUGAUGGACAAAAGGUCAUCUCUGGAUCAGAUCGUACUUUGAAAAUGUGGGAUGUCAAAACUGGUGAAUGUAUCAAGGACCUUUUAGGUGACUUGAGUGGUGUGUGGCAAGUCAAAUUUGAUGAAAGAAGAUGUGUCGCUGCCGUACAGCGUGAUAAUUUCACAUUUGUCGAGGUUCUCGACUUUGGUGCAUCACGAGAUGGUGUUCCAAAAUCCGAACGCGGUCAUCGUAUUCUGUUACCUAGCAUCGACGAAACCGAAAGAAUAGUCGAAGUUGCUGAUAAUGCAAACGCAUAA